CGAUAGCCGGUUAGUACGACGGGAACAGCGCCGGGAGGUGACAUUGCUCCGGUGUCAUGGCGGCGCUGGGACGGCUCGGAGGUGCUCUGAGGGCUGGGAGUCGCCUCUUUGCGGGAGUAGUGCGGAGCAAGGCGGGGGUCCGCAAUGCUGGAACCGAAGUCCACAUAGAAACUCGUUACAGAGGGAUGGUCCAGUUGACUAAGUCUCAGUGCUUUCAGGCAGAGCUACUCGGCGGCUUCAUGUGGUUUUGGAUCCUGUGGCAUUUUUGGCAUGACCCAGAUGCAGUCUUGGGUCAUUUUCCUUAUCCUGACGCGUCACAAUGGACAGAUGAGGAGCUGGGAAUUCUCCCGGAAGAUGAGGAAUAAACCUCCUCUUCUGCAUAGUGUAAGGAGACCUUGUGCUGGUGCGUCGCCCUGGAUGCUUACUGUAAAUAAAUACAUGAAGACUA